GAGGGCGCCGGCAGCUUGCCGGGGAGCUAGGCGAGGCCCGUGCGCCCGCGCCUGCAGCGCCCUCCGGACGGGGAGAGGGGCCGGCGGCCUCAGCCCGGGCAGCGGCAUCCGCGCGGUGGCAAUCCCUAGGAGCCCCGAACGCCUUCCUCCGGACCUGGACGCUCGCUGCCCCGCCCUCUGCACCCCACUUCUACCCUUUUCCCCAAUCCUGCCUCCCUCUGCCUGGCCCCCGUGAGUGGGUUUAACUACGGGCCCGCGCAGCAGCUGUUGCUCGUGUCUCUGUUUCGCCUCUCAUCUUGGUGCUCUGCCGGGAGCCCCCCAAGGAGCCAGUGCCUGUGGGUUGGAAGGGAGGCGCCGCUCAGCAGGUCCUCCUCCUCCUCCUCUUCCUCCUGCUGCCGCCGCUGGUGCCUGGUCCGUGCGCACCCCGACACCCCCGCCAGCCGGGCCUCGGGGCAAGAAGCCGGUUGCUGGCUUCCCAGAGGCCGGGGUCGAAAGCGAGGAAAGUUUGCCAGCGUGUGCCUUGUGCUGCGUGGAGAGAGGUGUGGGCAGCAGCCUUCCCAGGGCCCUGCUGCGACUGCCUCCAUGAAGAGGAGUCCCUGCCUGGCAGGCCCAGGCACAUCUCCAGACUUUGAUUUGGCUGAAAUAACUUAUGCCACAGAGCUGUGUGCAUGCCUGGAAUUCAAAGACACUGUUAAAAGACUCCAAAUUGCUUCCUGCCUUUUGAAAACUCCAGGAAACCAUCCCUUCAGACUCUGGAUUUCUACACAUCUCAACGGAGAUUUUGCUUGAAUGUUUACAUUUUCUGCUUGCUGUCCUUCACACCACUAUAGAGUGUUCACCUUUUCUUAAAACUGAAAAAUUGUCAGGAGUUGAGCUUGCUCAGCAAGCCAGCAUGGCUAGGAUGAGCUUUGUUUUAGCAGCUUGCCGAUUGGCGCUGGGCUUACUAAUGACUGCAUUAACUGGGUCUUCCCUACAAAAUAGUGAGUGUCCACAACUCUGUGUAUGUGAAAUUAGGCCCUGGUUUACCCCGCAGUCAACAUAUAGAGAAGCUACCACUGUUGAUUGCAAUGAUCUCCGCUUAACACGAAUUCCCAGCAACCUUUCUAGUGAUACUCAAGUGCUUCUCCUACAGAGCAAUAACAUCGCAAAGACUGUGGAUGAGCUUCAGCAGCUUUUCAACCUGACUGAGCUGGAUUUCUCCCAGAACAACUUUACAAAUAUUAAGGAAGUAGGGCUGGCAAACCUCACCCAGCUCACUACUCUACAUUUGGAGGAAAAUCAGAUUACAGAAAUGAAUGAUUAUUGUCUGCAAGACCUCAGCAACCUUCAAGAACUCUACAUAAACCAUAACCAGAUUAGCACUAUUUCUGCUAAUGCUUUUUCAGGCUUAAAAAAUCUUUUAAGGCUCCACCUGAACUCCAACAAAUUGAAAGUUAUUGAUAGCCGCUGGUUUGAUUCAACACCCAACCUGGAAAUUCUUAUGAUUGGGGAAAACCCUGUGAUUGGAAUUCUGGAUAUGAACUUCAAACCCCUCUCAAAUUUGAGAAGCUUAGUUUUGGCAGGAAUGUUUCUUACUGAUAUUCCUGGAAAUGCCUUGGUGGGCUUGGAUAGCCUUGAGAGCCUAUCUUUUUACGAUAACAAACUGGUCAAAGUCCCUCAGCUUGCCUUGCAAAAAGUUCCAAAUUUGAAAUUCUUAGAUCUCAACAAAAACCCCAUACACAAAAUCCAGGAAGGGGACUUUAAAAAUAUGCUUCGGUUAAAGGAACUGGGAAUCAACAAUAUGGGGGAACUUGUCUCUGUGGACCGCUAUGCCCUGGAUAAUUUACCUGAACUCACAAAGUUAGAAGCCACCAACAACCCCAAAUUAUCUUACAUCCACCGCUUGGCUUUUCGAAGUGUUCCUGCCCUGGAAAGCUUGAUGUUGAACAACAAUGCCUUGAAUGCCGUUUACCAAAAGACAGUAGAAUCCCUGCCCAAUCUGCGUGAGAUCAGUAUCCACAGCAAUCCCCUAAGGUGUGAUUGUGUCAUCCAUUGGAUUAACUCCAACAAGACAAACAUCCGGUUCAUGGAGCCCUUAUCCAUGUUCUGUGCCAUGCCUCCUGAAUAUAGAGGGCAGCAGGUGAAGGAAGUUUUAAUCCAGGAUUCAAGUGAACAGUGCCUCCCAAUGAUAUCUCACGACACUUUCCCAAAUCAUUUAAACAUGGAUAUAGGCACAGCAGUUUUUCUAGACUGUCGGGCCAUGGCUGAGCCAGAACCUGAAAUUUACUGGGUCACUCCCCUUGGAAAUAAGAUAACUGUGGAAACACUUUCAGAAAAAUACAAACUAAGUAGUGAAGGUACAUUGGAAAUAGCUAACAUACAAAUUGAAGACUCAGGAAGAUACACCUGUGUUGCCCAGAAUGUUGAAGGGGCAGACACUCGAGUGGUGACAAUUAAGGUUAAUGGAACCCUUCUGGAUGGCACCCAGGUGCUGAAAAUAUAUGUCAAGCAGACAGAAUCUCAUUCUAUUCUAGUGUCCUGGAAAGUUAAUUCCAACGUCAUGACAUCAAACUUAAAAUGGUCAACUGCCACCGUCAAGAUCGACAACCCCCACAUAACAUAUACUGCUAGGGUCCCGGUAGAUGUUCAUGAAUAUAACUUAACACAUCUCCAGCCUUCCACAGAUUAUGAAGUAUGUCUCACAGUGUCCAAUAUUCAUCAGCAGACUCAAAAGUCAUGUGUUAAUGUCACAACCAAAAAUGCUGCCUUUGCGCUGGAUGUAUCUGAUCAAGAAACCAGUACGGCCCUUGCUGCAGUGAUGGGGUCCAUGUUUGCCAUCAUUAGCCUUGCAUCCAUUGCUGUGUAUAUUGCCAAAAGAUUUAAGAGAAAAAACUACCACCAUUCAUUAAAAAAGUAUAUGCAAAAAACCUCUUCAAUCCCACUAAAUGAGUUGUAUCCACCACUCAUUAACCUCUGGGAAGGUGACAGCGAGAAAGACAAAGAUGGGUCUGCAGACACCAAGCCAACCCAAGUUGACACAUCCAGAAGCUAUUACAUGUGGUAACUCAGUGGAUAUUUUGCUUCUGGUAGUAAGGAGCACAAAGACAUUUUUGCUUUAUUCUGCAAAAGUAACAAGUUGAAGACUUUUGUAUUUUUGACUUUGCUAGUUUGUGGCAGAGUGGAGAGGACGGGUGGAUAUUUCAAAUUUUUUUAGUAUAGCGUAUCGCAAGGGUUUGACACAGCUGGCAGCAUCUCUAGGCUUCCAGUUUGUGUUUGGUUUUUAUUCUUAUCAUUAUUAUGAUUAUUAUUAUUAUAUUAUUAUUAUAUUAUUAUUAUUUUGUUCUAGUUAUUGUGCUAAACUCAAUAAUGCUGUUCUAACUACAAUGCUCAAUAAAAUGAUUAAUGACAGGAUGGGGUUCCCCUGUGCUUUUACCAGUAGCAUGACCCCUUCUUCUGAAGCCAUCAGCAGACAGUACCAUGUCCUCCAAAAAGCUAACACACAGCUGCGAAGCAGCAUUGAACCUUUUGUAGCAAUCUGGUCUACAGACUUUUAACUCAAGAAGCUAAGGCUAGACUUGUUACCUUUGUUGAAUGAUGUUAGUUGACUGUACUGUAAUGUUGUAUCAACUGAAUUGAAUGUUUGCUUUUAAAGGAGACAACUUUUCUUCUCUUUUCUUUUGUAAUAGUUAAAAGGCUUAGAACAAGCUAACAGGCAAUAGAAAUAUGUAUAUCAGAUUUUUUAAUGUAACAAACUACAUGUUAAUUGUUACCUUAUUCUUUUUAUCUUUAGUAGACACUUUUAAAAGAAAAGAUAAUAAUUUUGUUGUGUUUAACUCACCAACAUGUGGUGUAUAAUGAAGACAGAACUACAAUAAAUUAGUUUUGUUCUGAUUUUUU